AUGGCUUGGUAUAAAAUGAUAACAGACGUUCAUGUGAAGGUGGAUGCUUCCUCUCCAGAGAACCGGGCUGGCCACCAUGGUGUUACCGGUUGCCUCAUUGAUGGGAGAUCGGAUGCCAGCUCAGCUUUUCUGUCACCAAGGCUCAGGGAAGACUCCCUCCGGUUCACCGUCGAGGUCUUUCGCUUCUCAGAAGAUCCCCGGGAUCUGAUCUACAUCACGUGCCACUUGAAGGUUUCUGCGGUGGAUCGGGCUCCAGACCACGAACACAAGGCUUGUUCUUUCAACAAAGCAAGUGACAGCUGGAUUCCAGUGGAAGGGACCCAGAGCAUCUGUGCCUGUUGUGAAAGCAGGAACUGCGAACAAGGCCAGCCGAGAAGGUUACGCCCCUGGGACAGAUGGGAAAGAGGACGGCGAUCUGUUGGAGAGGAAGAGCCUGCUAAGCAUAAUAAACUGAAGGAAGUGGAGACGGAUGUAAUGCUGGGCCCGAUCCUCAUCCUUGAUGCAUACAUGACUUCCAGGAGCCUCGCUGGACGUCACACUGGAGCACGGGGAACGUUAGGAGAAGAGGACCUGUUUCGUGCUCCUGGGAUGUUGGCCGGCCUCAUCUUGAUGGCCAUUGCCAUGAUCCUGGCUCUCGCUACGCUAGGAAUCCUUUGUUCUCGGAGGAAGCGGUCUGGUUCUCCGUAAAUAGUGUGUUUUGAGGUUACCAAAAAUAAAUAAAUGAAGACAUUA